GAACAGGAUCCAGACGCCUCAGCAAGUGAAGUAUGUUGACCUUUACCAGCAGAUUACCACACGCCGUGGCCGCUACCCUCCAUCUGCUACUUGUCGGAGUACUAGUGGCGAUCUCAGCCACGGCGAGGGCCCAGGUGGUGGUCUUGCCGAGCUGCAACUUCCAGGAGGUGGACUUGGUGCCGUGCAUGGCGGCGUCCGCCGCCGGUAGUGCAGGCGGCGGCAGCAACAUCAGCGACGCCUGCUGCUCAUCUCUGAACAGGGCCCUGGACGCCGGCCACCGCUGCGUGUGCUCGCUGCUGCUGUCCAACGGCGUGUUCGCCUCCCUCGUGACCAGCCUCCUCACCCUCCCGCUCAUGCUGCCGCUGCCCGGGUGCUUCCUCUACGCGCCUUCCCUUGCCGCUUGCCAAGAGAGACUGCUGGAGCAGAUGAGCGCACCACAGGCAGCUGCUGCGAUCACGGGAGGCGGUGCUGGUGCGGCGGCGCUUCCGUCGCCGACACAGGCCUCCGCCACGCCGCGGGUGAACAAGCACGCAGGUCGAGAGCAGGCUGAAGACGACGGGAGGACGAGAGGAAGCGUUGGCGAUGGCAGUAGCGAGGCUCCUAGCGCAGCGGAGCGCGUCGGCCGUAGCGCCGCGUGCCGAAGUCACACAGCUCUGACGAGGGGAGAUCGAGCAUGCUGACCUUCGCGGUGGCCAUGGCUGUGUUCUGGUUCAACAGCAUGACGGGUCCAUAAAGACGAUCAGAAUCCGGAGUUGAAAAGGAUGACGGAUCGGACAAUCACCUUGCAGGAUCUGUUGUGCAUCCUAUAUUCAGCAAAAUGUAAAAAGAGAACAGAAAAAUAAAAGAAUAUACUAAGGUCAGG